AUGAGCGGCUUCCAAGCCUGGUUGGAGCAGCGCCGCAAGAAGAAGCGCGAGAACGAGAACAUGGAGUUCCUGCGCAGCGUGAUCCCCGCGUGGCAGUACAAGCGCGAGGGCAAUCUCGCCAAGAAGGUUUGCUAUGAGGGAAUGAUCCCCUACACACGUAUCAAGAGCUGGAACGUGAUGAUCGGAACGGAGGUGCGCAUUGCCGCGAAACUGUACCGCGUGAACGUGAAGAACGGAAAGGGUCUUCGCGAGAAAUUCACCUCGAACCCCGAUGCCCCCACGGAAGGAAACGAGAAGUCCAUUUUGCAGAUCCCCCAGGCGGUGAAGGACGUGUAUCCCGAGGAGAGCUCGUUCCACGACGCCCGGUUUGAGCGCGACCUCCAGGAGCUGCUGGAGACGUUCGUGGCGUACCGCCCGGACAUCGGCUACUUCGACGGUCUGAACUACAUCUCCGCGAUGCUGCUGCAGUUCCAGGACGAGGAGAGCGCGUUCACGUCCACGGUGAAUCUGUUCACGCAGUAUCUGAGCAACGCGGUGGACCCCGAGAUGAAGGACAAGUUCAAGGAGUACUGCGCGGCGUUCGGCUCCGCGAUGGACGAGGAGGUCCCCGACGUGCGCAGCGCCUUCCAGGACAACAAGGUGGACAUCGCGGUGAUCCUCAAGGACUGGAUCUACUCGCUCUUCACGCGCUGCGUGAACUUCGAGGACGCGAAGCGUCUCUGGGACAUUCUGCUGCUCGAGGGCUCCUUCGGAAUCGUCAAGAUCGCGCUGGGCAUCCUCAAGAUGUUCGCCGGCGAGCUCUGCGACAUGCGCAGCAAGGAGGUCUACGCGUUCCUGAAGCAUCUGCCCGCGAAGCUGGACAUCGACGAGCUCGCGAAGGGCGGGAGCGGAGUGUGA